AUGUCGGCGGCGGCGGAGAGGAAAACGAUAUCAACGAACACUAAUUCGUCGCUCGUAUCCGCACAUUUCGCCUUGGACGACCCGAUGCGCGUUCUGUACGACAAGCACAGUCGCUCGCAACAACCGGAAAGCAAGAGAGUUAUUUCCGCCUUACUGGCGAUAUGUGCGGUGAUUACCGAGAAGAACAUGCAGCCGUCUCCGGUGAGCGUGUACGCGGCAACGAUGGCGUCGUUGACGAGCGUCGUCGAUGAUGAUGAUUCUUCGAAUGCUGGUGGCGAAUCUGCGGUACACUCGGGCGAAGGCGAGAGGCAAACGGUGCACGCGAUGUUGACGAUACUGGCGGUCGCGUUGGAACAUUGCAGUCCCGCGGCGAUUAAGAGUAAACUGAUGGAAACUGUCGACGUGUUGGUGAAAGUUGGGAGGGAUAACCAGGAGUACUCCGCGGCGCUGAGGGCGGUGAUUAAAUGUCUCGGGUUCGCGUUGAGAGCGACGGCGACGGCGAAAAUCGGGAAGGAAGAGUGGGAGAAGAUGUUUGGGAAACAAGGAGGAGGAGGAGGAGGAGAAGGAAAAGAAGGAAACGAGAACAGUAACAGCAACAAUCAGUUAGGGAAAGCUUUUUCUGCGCUGUGUCACUUUUGUGUGGACUCGAGGCCGAAAGUGAGAAAAUCGGCGCACGAAGCGGUGCAGGAAGUGCUCUCCGCGACGAAAGGCGCCAGAGUCGGAAAGGUAGUUUUUCAAAAGACGUUUGGCGCGUUCGCAGUGCAAAAACUGAAAGCGCCCAGGGAUGCGGCGGAGAAAGCGGCAAACAUGAAAGGCGCGAAAGGCGCGAAGAAAGAGAAGGAUGUCGCGAUUGCCACCGCAACGGAGGCUUUACACGUUUUAGGCGCUCUGAAAGGCUCGUUGGCGAGCGUAGAGGAGCCGACGGCUUCGAAGAUUGUCGAUGCGACGAUUGAGAUUACGUCGUUGGGUGAACCGUUGCUGGAGACGCAUGCGACGGAAACGUUGUUGGCGUUGUCGAUGUCUCCGAACCCAGGGUGCGACGCGAAGACAUUUAUGAAAAUUCUCGAACCCGUGGCGAGAUUGGCGAGAGAAGCGUCGCAUACGCAACCGACAAAAUGCGUCACGUUAGCGCGGUUAAUCGCAAACAUUGCCACCCAAAUGUAUAGAAAAGAUCCCGAGGAAGCGGGAAAAGCGUUACCGUUUACGUUUGAAAGUUUGUUGAAGUUAUUAAAUGCGCCUCACGAAGGCGUCGCGAUUGAGACGUGCGAAGCGAUGAAGACGUUGAUUCGAGAAACCGUUGAUAGCGAAAUGGCGAGAGAAGGCGUGAAAUACGUCGCGACGUUACGAGUGCAACAAAAAACGAGUAAAAAGAAUAGCAGCUUAAAACCGCCUCCGAUGAUAGGCGUCGCAAAAUCGAUAGAGUCUGCGUUAGGCAUGCGUUACCGAGCGGCUUGGCCUUUUACCAUACCGGUCGCCACGCAGUGUUUCCAAAGACUCGGCAUUGCCGGCGGAGCUUUAUUGAGUGGUUCCUUAGCCGCGCUCGGAGAAAUGGGCGCGAAUGCCGACGGGUUACGGUGUAAAAGUCAAAUAGAAACGUGCAUUUCUACCGCGGCGGAAUAUAUCGGCGCCGAAGCGUUGCUCGAACAACUCCCGUUACGAUUGGAAGAGUCCAUCGAUAAAUCUUUAGAACGAAGAGGCGACGACGACGACGUCCAAGACGAAGAAGAUAUGGACAUCGACGACGAAUCCGAUGGUUCUCGACUAUGGCUCGUGCCGUUGUUGCGUCGAUCUCUUACUGGCGCGAGAAUGUCUUUCUUCGGCGAGUUUGUGUUACCAGAAGCGCGUCGAUUAGGAGGACGAGCCGCCAAGGCGCAAAGCGAAAACAGACUCUUCGAAGCGCAAAGGUGUCGCGCUGCAGAAUUAGCGUUAUGGUCACUCUUACCAGGCUUUGCUAAUUUUCCCAUCGACGCUGGAGAGAGUUUUCCGACGUUUGCGAAAGAUUUAGGUCACGCGUUGAGCGCGAGAGAUGAUUUACGAGCGCCAAUUUGUGAAUGUUUGAGAAGAUUGUGUCGACAAGCACUGGCAGCCACUGGUGGGGACGAUAAUAACGACGACAACGACGACGACAUAAAUUCCGAUUUGAAUGUAUCCGAUCUCGACACGGAGAAAGAGGAUAACGAGAGCGAAGGGGAAGAUGGUAAAGAAAAAGUCCCAGCUCAUUUUACCGUGCACAUCGCCGAGGCGCAGUUGGAAACAAUCUCGAAAUUUUCUAAGAAUUACAUGCCAAUUCUGUUCAAUUUAUUCGUGACUUCGGAACCGCACGCGCGAGGAGAGAUUUCAUCCACCAUCGGUGGGUUCGCGAAAAUUGCAAGUAAGGAAACCGUAAACACGUUCUUUAAGCAAGUGUUGAAAAAGUUGGUCGAAGCGGCUUCGUCCUCGUUGAUUGAGGAGAAGGAGGAGGAGGAGGAAGGAGAAGGUGCUCACAAAAAGAAGAAAAAGAAAACGACCUCAAAAUCGUCCUCGAAAGAAGAAGAGGAGGCAAGAGUGUUGAAAAAGUGCAGUUUCAUCGAUCUCGCGCACGCUUUAGUACCUGGAUUAGAUAUGGACGCGUUAGAUGCGGCGUUCAAAAUCGCCUCCUCUGCGGCAAACGAGAAAGAAGCGGCGAGUCAAAAGCGAGCGUAUAAACUGCUCUCGGCAAUUUGCGCGGCAAAAAAAGGCGCCUGGCUGGCAAAGAUGAGCAAAGACGUGGAAAUGUGCUUGAUGGACGCCGGUGACACGUGCGCGACGGCGGCGAGACGACGCCGGUUAGAGGUUAUCGGGUUCGUACUGCCGCACUUACAAAGCCACGCCGGAAACGGAAACGACGAAGACGAUGAAGAUGAUAACGACGACGCCAUGAAGACUUUACUCGCAGAACUCAUCCUCGCGACGAAAGAGCAAAACGCAAAGACGCGUUUGUUGGCGUAUCAACUUUUAGUUGACAUUCCAAGACGCAUGGAAAAGGAAGCGAGCGAACGACAAGGCGCUAUCGCGGAUGGACAAGUUGGUAACCGCGCCGGCGUCGCCGCGUGGCUCGCGCAAAGCGACGAGGGGGAUAAAGGCAAGAAGAAAAAGAACAAAAAUAAAAACGGAAGCAAAGACGACAUGUCAGACGACGACGAUUCAGACGACGACGACGACGACCGCGAUGUGAUUCUCAGCGACGACGACAAUGAUGACGAAGAUGAUAAGGACAACAACGAUAACGACAACAUGGCGAUUGAAAACUUGGAGCCGGUGCCAGAUCUUAUCGACGAAAGUUCUCUCGCCAUUCGAGGAUUCUUUCUCACCGUGCUCGCCGGUGUCGUCGGCGCGACGCCACAAAUGCAAUCUGCCUCAGUCAUCGCCUUGGCGCGUUUGCUUUACGAAUUCUCCGCGAAACUUGUUGAAAUCGUUCCCGAACUUCUCCCGGCGAUUUACAAAUUGCUCAAAGGUCGCAACAGAGAAGUCGUGAAAGCCUCGUUAGGUUUUAUAAAAGUCGUCGCCGUGCGUUUGCCGCAAAACGAGCUCGCUUCGCACUUACCAGAACUCCUUCCAGCUGUUUUGAAAUGGUCCUCGGAUUCUAAGAACAGGUUCAAAUUGAAAACGAAAGUGAUUGUCGAACGAUGCGCGAAGCGGUGCGGAUGGCGCGCGGUGGAAGACGCCAUACCGAAAGAGCACUUAGCUUUGGCGUCACACAUGAAAAAAGAGGAAACCAAGAUAGAAAUGAAGAAGAAAAAGGCUCGAGCGGAAGAAACGGCGAGUCGGGCGAGCGGUAAAACCGGUCGCAAAAGUCGCUGGAACGAGGAGGAAAUCUUUGGCGACGAAAACGACGACAACAACAACCAACGUUCCGAGUUUGGUGGAUUCGGUCCUAAAUCCCACCGCGGGAACAGCGGCGGUUCUGAAGGUGCAUUUCGCAACGCGCGCGAUGCGCACGCUUCGAGAGCGAGCGCUGGCGCCCGGCUCCCCGUCGGUGCUGAAUUCGAUUUACUCGACGACUCGAAAAUGCGCAAACACCUACUCGCGCAAGGCGCGAAAACCGCGCAAUACAGACGAAACGAGUUUGGCGAUGCCGACGACGACGGCACAAAAUACAGAACCGACAGAUCCACCGGUAAACUUAAAAUCGUCGAAGAAAACGACCGCAAGCGCGCGCGCGACGACGACGAGGAAGAUGAAGACGGCGCCACGCGACGCACAUUCGGCACUCGCAAAUCCGGCAAAACCAAGCGCACGACGAAUACCAACAAGUCCACCAAAACGAACAAAACCACCAAAACUUCCGCCACGCACACCGGCGACCGAUACAAAGCCAAAGGAGGUGGCGACGUUCGCAGAAAAGGCGAAAAGUUACAACCGUACGCGUACUGGCCUUUGGACGCGAAGCUGCUCAAUCGGCGCAACAGCAAACGCGGCCAGGCCAGAGACACGCUUUCCGGCGUCGUCAAAUCGAGCAAAGACAACGGGAUCUUUCGAGGGAAAAAAGCCAGGAAAAUAGAGUAG